UUGUCGAAUGCUAUUCAGUCACGUUGCCGCAAUGGUCUCGACUACCCCUGUGCCGAUCAAAAAGCCUAAUCGAAUAAAAUAUCAUUUUAACAUCGACUAUCACUUACUGAUAUGUUGUUCACUGGCGAUUGCCGUGUACGCGAAUACUUUGAACGCCGGAUUCGUGUACGACGACAACCAAGCAAUAAUAGCAAACGAAGAUAUUAGACCGUCAACUCCAGGGUCGAACAUUUGGUGGAAUGACUUUUGGGGAACGCCAAUGGGAACGGAGAACUCACAUGGAUCGUACAGACCAAUUACCGUACUGUCAUAUCGACUAAAUUACAGGUGGUCGGGUCUAAGGGCUUCGUCGUAUCACGCGACGAACGUGGCGCUCCACGGCCUGGCUACGGGCCUGGUGCUGAUCGUCGCCCGGACCGUGUCGUGCCGGCGGGCCGCGCUUAUGUCUGCGUCCUUGUUCGCCGUGCACCCGGUGCAUGCCGACGCAGUAGCCUCGGUGGUCGGCCGCGCGGACGUGCUGUCCUGCGUGUUCUUCCUGCUGUCGUUCCUGUGCUACGGCCGGCACGUCCGGGCCAGGGAUGGCCAACGCCACCGGCAUCACCACCAUCAUCACCACCGGCACCAGCAAGAACUCGGUGGUCACCAUCGGCAGCCGGACCACGCGCGUGCCGCGGCCGCGUACCUGGCGUUCUGCGUGCUGUUCGCGCUGCUCUCGAUGUUGGCCAAAGAGAACGGCAUAUCCGUCAUGGCCGUGUGCAUCGUGUACGAGCUCAUGCUGAGGCUUAGGUCCAUAAAGAGCAACAAGGUGCAGGUGGACAAAGACAGUAGCUGGAAAACGGUCAAAGUGCUGAUGACUAGCGCCGCGGUCAUGGUGGCUGGCCGCCUGUGCGUGAUGUCGGGCACGGUGCCGACCUUUGCGACGUCCGACAAUCCCGCGGCCAAGCACCCGGACCCGGUGGUCAGGACCCUGACGUUCUUGCACCUGCCCGUGGUGAACGCACGACUACUGGUGUGGCCACACGUGCUCAGCUACGAUUGGUCGAUGGACGCGGUGCCGCGGGUCGAGUCGGCGGCCGACCCGCGGAACGCGGCCACCGCAAUGUUCUACGCCGCGUUGGCCGCGGUUGCGCGUAGCGCCGUCCGCCGGCGACGAGGAGUCCCUCUACAGGUCCGGCAUCCAAGUGAACCCACCGAAAUCUUAUGGCAAUCUCGGUUCGAUACUCAGCUCUCAAGGCAGAACAAACGAAGCGGAAAUAGCAUACCGAUCUGCACUCAAACACCGGCCAAACAUGGCUGAAGUACAUUAUAACCUGGGAAAUCUGUUGCGCUAUAACAAAAAAUAUGACGAGGCGAUUUCAAGCUACCGGUCGGCCAUCCAUUUUAGACCCACAUUAGCGCUAGCUUAUCUCAGCCUGGGUGAUUGUUUAGCAACCACUAACCAACACGCUGAAGCAGAAGUGGUACUAAAUAAGUGCCUCACUCUGGAUGGUUCUAAGGUUAAAGACAUUAAGUCCCACAAAACCGCCAAAAAAUCAUGUGUUAUUCGAUUGGGAAAAAUGUUUGUAGAAAUUGGCGAACACCAGAAAACAGUACAAUUGUUCAAGUCGAUAAUAAAAUCUGAAGGAUCUUUAUCGCAGACGAUGCUAUACGCCUUGGCAGACUCUCUUUCUGUACUUGGCAAGGACACGGAAGCCGAAAUGUAUUACAAACAACUGCUCCAGGUCAACCCGACGGAUGUGUCCGCCUUCCUGACGUAUGGCGAUCUUUUAGCCAAAAAUAGAUCACGGAUAUCCGAGGCGGAGGAGUGGUACGGCAAGGCGCACAGGACGGCGCCCAACGACCCGGUGGUCCGGACCAGGUAUGCGGACUUCUUGUCGGCGGUGGGCAGACUGGACGAGGCGGUGGACCAGUACGAAGCGGCGGCCGCACUGGCGUCGGACGACCACCAGAUCGCCGUGAAGACGGCCACGGCGUUGCGCGAGGCCGGCCGGACGUCCGAAUCGGAAACGUAUUACAGGAGAGCCGCAACCCUAUAUCCGCAGGACGCGGCGAGUCACAGCAAUUUGGGCGCCAUACUUCACAUCAAUAACAAGUUGGACGAGGCGGAACGGUCGUACAAGAACGCGCUCCGUCUGCAGCCGGACGACGCGACCACAUUGGCUAAUCUUCGGAAACUCAGAAACGUCCACCACCGGCGUACGGUCAAAUGAUUGCCGCCACACCCGUCGAUCUCGUCGCGUGCAAAACACUAUAAUAUUACCGUAAUGCAUAUUAUUAUUAGUAUUAUUAUCAUGCGCGUUCGCGAAUCUCCUGUACGUCUUUUGUUUUACCAUUAUUUUUCCGUUGGUUUAGCUUUUCUUUUAUUUAUU